GAAGCGUGGCAUGUCGAGCUUGGUGGCGAGAGUAAGAGGAGAGGAGCAGCUAAUACAUUGGGACUGAUUUCUGUCUCGGAGGCUCCUUACGGUUUUUCUCGUCGAGAACGAUGAGUCCACUAGGCUUAUAGUUACUGCUCUGCUCAAAAAAUGUAGCUACCAAGUUUCUGUAGUUGCAAACGGGCUUAAAGCUUGGGAGGUCCUUAAGGAGAAACGCUACAAUUUUGAUCUUGUCUUGACUGAAGUGGUGAUGCCUUCCCUCUCCGGGUUCGAUCUUCUUUCCAAGAUCAUAAGCAAUGCGAGAUGCAAAAAUAUUCCUAUAGUCAUGAUGUCUUCUCACGAUUUCACAAUGAUGUCUUCUCACGAUUCCCUUGGCAUUGUGUUACAAUGCAUGUUGAAGGGUGCUACAGACUUCCUAAUGAAGUCAGUUAGAAAUAACAAACUAAGAAAUUUAUGGCAGCAUGUCUGGAGGAAGUAUCGUGCUACACUUGAGACUGUGUCCGACAAUUUUGCUGCUAUCAAUCAUGGAAGUUCAAGUGGUGGUAAGGGAUAUGGGACUGGGGAUGGUUUUGAUAAAGAAAUUGAUUCUCAGAGAUCUUGUUGUAACACAGAAGUGAAAAAUGGAGGUGCACUGAAGCUAAAGGAGAAUCCUGAAAGUGAAAAUGGGAAUUUGGUUCAAGAAAUUGAUUAUGAAUUGACAGAGCUCCAAUGCAAGAAGGCAACAGAGGAAGAAAUAAAUGUAUCUCUAUCUAUUCAAGCGGCAGAUUCAACUCGAAAUAUUUUGAAGCUCAAUGGUUUCUAUAAUGGAUCCCUAUGUAGCACGGAAAUCCGAGCUUCUUCCAGUGGUAAGGAGGUUGCCACUCUUGAUUCUGAGCAUCUUGAUCGAAUGGGGGGAACAAAUGAACCUUCAAAAGAAAUUAUUGAUUUCAUUGGGGCAACAAUCACUGAACAAAACAAGUUUCCCAUCAUGGAAGACAAAGAUCAUGCAGAAGAUAUCUUCUGUAAAAAUGAGAAACCCUCAGUUGUAAAGAGAAGCACACUUAAUUCUGGUUCCUCACAGUUGUGGGAGCUUUCUUUAUGGGGACCAUGACUUAAAUUCAACGAUGAUGAAGUUUUUCAGGAGAAGCAUGUGCUGAAUCAUUCUCAUGGAUCAGAUUUUUCAAGGUAUGGAGGUGGAG